CGCGGGGCUCGGCGCUCCCGGCACGGCGCUCCCGGCUCUCCCGGCGCGGCCCGGCGCAGCGCCCCGCGCCAUGGCGCGGAGCUUCCCCCGCGCGGGGCUCGUGCUGGCGGCGGCGGCGGCGAUGCUCUGCCUCGGCGGGGCGGGCGGCAAGGUGUACUAUUCCUGUGGUGCGGUGGUGGAAUCGAUGGAAAGAGGUCUGAUUUUAUCACCAGGUUUUCCAAACAACUACUACCCAGGGACACACUGUGUUUGGCAAUUUUUCAUUCCUAUGAGAACCCAUCUUAUAUUGGAAAUUUUUGACUUUGACAUUUUUGAGAGCACUAGUGAAACUCCAACCCCUUGGGAUGGCUUUUCAGCUCCUGCUAAAACAAGAGAUAAGGACAUGCCUCCUCCUGAGGAAAACUUGGAUUUUGCUCUCCCUGCUACAAAAUCCUCUCUCCAGACCUGGAUGUCAAAGGUGGCUCAGAAUCUGAGCAGCACAGGAGAUCAAUCAAAGGACCUUGUUAGUCACCUGGAUGACCUUCGAGGAGCCACCUCAAAAAAAGAUGAAGCCAAACAAGUAUCUGAAGAAAACCAGUCUAAACAGCUGAAGGACCCCAAAGCAAUUACCAAGGCUCAGCAAGAGGAACUGCCAUUCCCUCUAGCUGGUAGUACCGCGAUGCACAGGCAAAAUAUCAGUGGCCUAAGAACAGAAGAUUUGAAAGGGAAAAUCUUGCUUGCUCAUCUUGCUGGUAGUGAGCAAGAUGAAGUUACUGGAGAGAGCUGGACUCUUCCCACAACAGUACUGCCACUGGAAGUCUCCUCCACCCCACAGUCAGCAGUGGACAUCUGUCCCCAUGAUGUUUUGUAUGUUUCUGAUCUCAUCACAUUUUCCUCUCGCUUUUGUGGACCAAAUACACCUUUAAACAAGCCCAUGGUCUUCGGUUCCUCUCUGGAAAUGGUUGAGGUUAUCAUGGAACUAAUCACCACCACGGACCGGGGACGAGGCUUUGCAAUGCUCUUUGAGUACAGGAACAUCACCGAACCUGAUACUGUAGAUGCUGUGAGGCAGGAGAGACAGGAAAACAUGAUGAUGCUGGCAAUUAUUACAGGGAUUGUCUUCUUUGCACUUGCUUUGCUCUCUGCCCUCUGCAUAGCUUGCAGGCAGAAAAUGUGCCCCAAAAGGAGCUCGUCCAACGCAUGCAGUGACCAGGAGAAUGGGAUCCAGAACUCUGCUGUCGAUAUCAAUGAGCUCCAGCUUGUGGUGCCAAGUCGGGAGAAUGAAAACAACAAUCACUCUGUCAGCCGGGAGCAAGCGGUCACUUCUUGCAGAGGCAGCACAGAACAGUCUCCUCAGGAUACUGAUCCUGACAUGCCCUCCUCCACAUCUGCAGUGACCACCGAGACUGGGAGCGAUGAAGUGUUUGUUAUUUCUGCUGGACCUGGGGCCAGUGGGCUGAGCUUUACCACUUACAGAAUACAGGACAAAAACCUAAAAAGAAGCGUCACAAGCCCAGCCUCUGUGUCUGACUGGCUGACUUCUAAUCACACAGCUACAGGAGCAGACACUGUUGAGAAGGGGAAUGUCCAGAUGGAAAAUCAUUACCCCAGACAACGAACAUGGAGUGCCCGGACUUUCCAUGAUUUUCUGGCUCCAAUACCACAGCUCCAGAAAAAAUGGUGUAGUUGGACUACUAAUAGUCCCUUCACAAAGCUGGUCGACAACAGUGGUUUUCCUACAGCUGCAAAAACCCAGGGUGUUUCUACCAGAAAGGUAAUUUCAGCCAUGGAGAUAGAGGGAGCUUUAGAGACGGUUUACUCUGAUUCAUCUGCCAGUAAUGCCUCAUAUCCCCUCACUCUCUCUGCACAAAGGCAGCGAAAGCUGAGCUCCUGCAACUUGAAGAAAUCCAGGUUUGGGAAUCCUUGCUUUGGAUUUUUAACCAGUUCCCCUGACAGCAGACAUGUGAGGUCCUUGGACCCUUCAAGACACGUAGGGGCAGUAUCUCCAGUUAACAGUCAAAGCCCCAAAAAUCUUCUAGAAGGCUCCAACCCCCUGAAAAUCAACUUAGUCAAUGGUUCAAAAACAAAGGAGUUUGCGGUAGAAACAGAAAAAAACAAACCAGUUUUUGUUAUUUCUGAAGAAGGGGAUGAUCAGCAGCCUCUGGUCCUAGCAGAACAUCUUAGUCAAUGCGGAGAUCAUCUGUCUGAGCAAAAUACUACAUACGCUCCAGCGAGAGCUGUGCUGGACAAACAGCCAGUGGUUCUGACUGCUGAGAGCAACAGUUCUUCCAGCUUCAUGUCAGAUCUUCCCCUUUGGGCUAAAUCCCCUGGUUUAAACAAAGGUCAUCUGAAGGCCUCUAGCUCUUCCCGGGACCAGCAGAGCUUGCCAGCUGUAGACGCUAACACUGCUGAGACCUCACCAAACUUUGAUACCUUAGCUGCUCCUACACUAUGUCCAGCUUCGGUCCAGUGAUGUCCUCAGAAAGACUAGAACAUCAGUUCACAAAACAGAGGCAACAGGCAUAUGACUGGCGUGGAGCUGUGUCGAGUAGCUGACAGCAGCAGCUCUAGAUGGAUGCAACUUUGGGCUUUGCCACCCACCAACAGAUUGGGAAUAGGAGUAUACAUAACAUAGCACAGCACAAACACCAUCUUCCCUUAUGCUCAUUAACCUCAAAUCUGUUCUUAUGCAUGGAGUUUAGAUGUGGUUUAUACAAGAAAGCAUCCUGUGAAAAGGUAUUUCAUAUUGCAGAACAUCUUUUCCGGAAUGAGAAAUGUAAGUGAUUUGAGAUGGUUACUUCAUGGCUUAUAUCUGAAAUGUAAAUCAGUCCCCUGUCACUGUGGCAUCACUUGAGUCUUUCUGUUCAAAGCUAUGAGUUAAAUUCUAUUCGUAGGGAGUGCCUGUACAAUUCAAACCUGGCCUAGCCAAAGGUAGAAUUCAAUCAUGCAUGUUGGUGUACAAUUUUGUAGACUUAAUUUUAAACAGUUCAUAAUUUCUGCACUCUAGCACAAAGUUUACCAAGCAUCAGCAUCUCUAAUAUUAAAGACCAUGAUUAUCUCAUAUUCUAACUCUUUAGAAAAGUGUACAGACAAGCUAAGCAAUCCCAAUACUGAAUGUUAGUUAUACUAUGAAAGUCUGACAGUAUUAUCUUUGUUAGAUGUACAUAGGCUUAAAACGCCUCUGUCCACUACAUGUUUUUUUUACUCUUUAUGGCAACAGGAGCAUGUGUGCAUAACACUGAAAUACUCACUAGGAAUCAUCUUCAGCAUUCAACACUUUGAUAAUUGCAGCUGCUCUGAUACUCUAUCAGCCAGCUAUUUAUUGCUGGUAACGCACAUUGACUAGUGAACUAUUUCCCUUCCUUUAGCAGACAAGACUUAAAAGGCAAAAUUAAGUGGGGCAAACGUGAAUGCUCACUCUCUUUAAAAAUGAGCUACUAAGUAGCUGUGCCACCCUGAUUACAAAUCCAGGGCAUUCAAUGCAAGACUGAACCAAAGGGAAGCCUGCUAGUCUUACUGCCUCUAACAACUCAAUCAGUAUUUUAACUGCCUCCUGGUGAUAUUCUCCUGUCUCUGUGAGCAAUGCCUGCACACUCAACCCAGGACUUAGAAUUAUUUUGCUUUCUUAAAGGAAAACGACUCCCUAUGGAGCUGUACUAUUGCAGCUGACAUAGGAUAUUGUUUUAAAGGAAUAGUAUGUCAUGAAACAGGUGUCAGAAAGAAAUCUUUCAUACAAAUCUUCCCCUAUAUUAGCUACACUAUGAAUCAAGAGAGUUAUCUUAAUCCUUCCAUGCGGAGGCAUUUAAGUCCGAUUCCUGAAAUAUUUAACUGAAUUAUUUAUGAUUUCACCUGCUAUUACAGCUUCCAUCUGCCACCUAUUAGAGUCUGAAAUAUGCAACACAUGAUCGUAGGCUUUGCCUAACAAUUUUUGUGUUUUUGUGUUGAUGUAGGCAUAGAAGCCUUGCAUCUGGUAGCAGUGGAAGCAAAAACAUAGAUGCCUUUUAGCGGUUGACUCAAAAACAAACAGUAGACACAUGUCUCAGCAUUUAUUGUGCUUAGUAGAUUUCUGAAGCACAAAAGUCCAGCUCCAAGUUGUUGUUGUAAUGUUAUAUGAUUCAAAGGGAAGAGUUAAUAUAUUUAUGAUUAUAAAAUAUAUCUAGAAAUCUGCUGUACUCUAAUAACAACUUCCACUGUGUUAAAUUCAUACAUAUUGUAAAGCAGAGUCAAUGCUAUCUUAUUACUUUUCUAAAGAUCGCAGUACUAAAUCUACUUUUGAAAAGCAUUUGUGUUCAGUUAUUGACAAUAGCUACCUUUGAAGGGCUAGGAAAAUGUCCUUUUUCAAUAAAAGUGUGUUUAACUAUUCA